CAAACUUGGUGUGAGUACCUUUAAACAUCAAUCUGAACUCGUGCAUUUUUUGUUAAGCUAAGUUUACGCCGUAAUUUGCAAAAUGCUGCGUACUUUCGCGGUCAUACUCUUCGUUUCCUGUGUUCACCAUCACGGUGUUUUCGCCAACCCUGUAAAUAACACCUGCAUUGAGCCCAAUCCCCCAAAUCGAAACUUCAACUUCUAUAUCAACGAACGGGAACCCUGUAGUGGUCGGGGCACUUGCGUCGAUGGACAGUGCACAUCAUGUCGAACGUGGGAAGGGACUCGUGGAAUGUUCAGCAAAAAACGUCCGCCUGUCAUCAAAACUUCUGGCAAAUACUGCGAAUGCGACAACAUAAGCUGUCCAGCUAUCAACGGGGAAGUGUGUGACGGACACGGGCAUUGUGAUUGUGGUCGGUGUGUUUGUGAUCCCGGCUACACCUUUAGCGACUGCUCAGAAAAGAAAGCCACAGUGGAAAGAUUCCUACAGUUGUUUUCAAACAACAACGCAAACCAGAAUCAAACAAGUGCCUAGAGUCAUCUCGAUGGAAAGAUUACACUAAACCUUGGUGCAGGGCCUGGCAAAAAGAUUAUAUUGCGAUGCCAGAUUAACCGCCUUAAAAUUCGAGAUUAUCAUCGCAUGGCAGCGCUUUCCACUAUAAGUCACUUAUCAUCAGGGUUAAUUGUUUAUCACUGUUAUGUAGAUGUCACUUGAAUUGUUCAUACGGAUUGUAAAAUUGUGCGGAUAAAAAUUGUGUGUGGAUUGUGUCAUUCGAUUAUGAAAAUUGUAUUGCUGGCUUUAUUGGUCAUACGAUUUUUUGUCAAUCCUAUCGGAUAAGACUGUACAAAAUUAAUCGCCAUAAUUUGACUGUUACUUCAUUUACAAUUUUUGUACAAAAGUUAUGAUAGUUAUAAUAAGCGGCAAUGAAACGAAAUAAAUACUGCUUCGGG